UUUUUUAUUUUCAUAUACUGAUACGACAGUAAUAUAUUUUUUAUUACAAAUGUAUCGAUAAAAAAAAAUAUAUGUAUUUCAAACUUUUAAUUCAAAUCCUAGAACUUAUCUAUCUUACAAACAAUAAUACUGAAUGGUAUGCUUUAUCUUAAUUCCAAGUUGAAUAUACUAAAAACAGUUUGCAAUAAAAUACUGGACCUUUGAAAUUUUUUGAUAUUAAAACAGAAUUAUAAAUCACAAAAUAAGUAUUAAGCUGUGAAAAAAAUUACAAACAUUACAUGCAAGUUUUGCAUUGAGUAUGGAUUUCAAUAAAAGAAAAUAAAAAUGGUAUGUCAUGUUGAUCAAAGAUUGAAUGAUACAGACCAGAAUUUAAUCAAAGUCUAAACAGGUCUUUAAUAAUUCGAUAGAGAAUGCUGAGAUGUGAAAAAUACUUGAAUGUAACGAUAACCAAUGUACGGUAAAACAGUAAUUAAAAAUAUUCAAAAUGUAGCAUUUUAAACAACAAUUUUACAAAUGCAAAAAUUAAGCUGAAAAUAAUGAGACAAAUUCGAGUAUGUGACUUGUAACAAUGAUAGUAAAGUAAAAUCAUUGUUUCAUCAUACAUAUAUAUUUAUCUAUUAGAUAGGACAUACACUUAUUCAUUACAUAAUCUGAUACAGGACAGCAAUUGUUUUUUUUUUUUUUUUUUUGUAUUCUUAGAAGAUAGGACAUUGGGUUUGUUGGUUUUUUUUUUUUUUGUUUUUUUUUUGAAUGGUAAUAUGGAAUGCAGCCCCCCCCCCCCUAAUAAAUAUUGAUCGGUCCCUAAUGACUAAAGUCAAUCAUUUUUCAAACUUGUGAUCCUGCCGUUGGCCUACUUCGUAAUGUGCAGUUCGCGUGUUAGUAAUGCUGGGUGGUGAUGUCACAUCUGGAGUUGCGAUCGAUUUUGUCGUGCGACCCUCAACUCGGACUGGAGGGCUGGAUAUCGUACAAGAAAUAUGAAGUACCUGGUGAUUCUGACCUCCUUGGUAGCGUGUUGUUUUGCCAUACAGUUGAGUCAUGAUUUAUCUCUUCACAGCGAAAAUCUGGUGCGCAUGUUCAGUGACUAUUUGUUAAAGAAUGACCAACUCCUCCGAGAAGGCAGGGAUGUUGAAGUUAAUAGAAUUAACAGACAGUCCAGGGUGAUGCGUAAAGCCCUCUCCUUGUCAUACAAAGUACAGAACUUCGCCAUAUGGUAUGAACCAGGAUCAGGGAUGCGAUUUUGCGAAACAAACCAAACAGUUAUCUUCAAGCAGUGUCUUGAUACAUCUAGCAAUUGCAAAUACCUGGAUAGUACUCUCCAGAUCUGCAAGAAACCUGACGCAGCCAAGAACCUUGGGUGUCUGCAAACAUGUCAGCUGUGCAAUGAUAAAUGUGCGACGGGUGACCACAGCUGUCUCCCUUUGGCCGACUGCAAUCCUGAAGGCAACACGUUCCGAUGCACUUGUAAAAAGGGGUACCAAGGGGACGGUGUCAUUUCCUGCACGGAUAUAGAUGAAUGCGCCACGAAGAAGGAUAAUUGUUUUUCAAAUCAAAUAUGUGAAAACAAAGCCGGAGGAUAUAGGUGCAUAUCACGAGUAUUAAAGAAACCCCUUCCAAGUAUUGAUUGUGUCGAUGGAUAUACUUUCAAGAACGGAAAAUGUAAAAAUGUGAACGAAUGCCUAAAUCCCAAGUUGAAUGCUUGCCACAAAGAUGCCGAGUGUUCGGACACAGACGGAAGUUACACUUGUCGAUGUAAACAAGGAUUCACUGGAAGUGGAUCACUUUGUAUUGAUAUUGACGAGUGUAAAAUAAAGAAGAAGUGUUCCCCGCAUGUAUGUAUAAAUACCCCAGGCUCCUACCUGUGUCAAUGUCGUUCGGGAUUCAGAGGAAAUGGACUUUCCUGUAAAGAUAUCGAUGAAUGUUUAAAGGGAGAACGUAACUCAUGUCAUAAAAGUGCCAAAUGUACAAACACGUUUGGCUCCUACUCUUGCAAAUGCCAGAAAGGGUUUGAGGGUAAUGGAUUUCAAUGUAAAGAUAUUGACGAAUGCAGACGCAGAUCUACAAACAAUUGCCAUCACAGGGCUAAAUGUACCAACGUAAUCGGAACAUUCUCUUGUGCAUGUCGGAGUGGUUACGAGGGAGAUGGGGUUCGAAAAUGCGGUCGAAAACGUAAAUAUCUAACUGAGCAUUAUGUCACAAAUGUAGAACUCAAUGCCAUGCCCAUUAGAAAAAAGCUUACAUAUAUAAAAGAAAAACAUGAGAAAAAAAAUAAAGUAAUUAAGUAAUCGAACGGCAUUGAGUUCAUCAAAUUUCAAUUUCCUUUUUAACAUUACUUAAAAAUCGAUGGAAAAUCUUGUAUGAUUUUAGAGUGGAUUAGCAAAAUGCUGUUUUAUAUUUCAGAAAAAUUCAGUUGGAGUUGGUUUGGAUAGUCAUAUGUAUACUUUUGGCAAUGCUAAUACAUAUUAUUCAAUGUUA